AUGGAAAAACUGCUUUUGUUUCUGCUGUUCAUUGGCGUAGCGGUGAGAGCUCAGAUCUGCCCCAAGCGCUGUGUCUGUCAGAUUUUGUCUCCGAACCUUGCCACCCUUUGUGCCAAGAAAGGGCUUUUAUUUGUUCCUCCCAACAUUGACAGGAGGACGGUGGAGCUGCGGCUGGCAGACAACUUCGUUACAAACAUCAAGAGGAAAGACUUUGCCAACAUGACCAGCCUGGUGGACCUGACGCUCUCCAGGAAUACAAUCAGUUUUAUCACACCUCACGCGUUUGCCGACUUGCGCAAUUUGCGGGCUUUGCAUUUGAAUAGCAACCGGUUGACUAAGAUCACCAACGACAUGUUCAGUGGACUCUCCAAUCUUCACCACUUGAUACUUAACAACAACCAGCUGACUUUGAUUUCCUCCACAGCUUUUGACGAUGUUUUAGCUCUCGAGGAAUUGGAUUUGUCUUACAACAAUCUGGAGACCAUCCCCUGGGAUGCGGUGGAGAAGAUGGUUAGUUUGCACACGCUCAGUCUAGACCACAACAUGAUUGACCAUAUUCCUAAGGGGACCUUCUCCCACCUCCACAAGAUGACCAGGUUGGACGUCACGUCUAACAAACUGCAGAAGCUACCGCCUGACCCUCUCUUCCAGCGAGCUCAGGUGCUGGCAACCUCAGGAAUUAUCAGCCCCUCGACUUUUGCGCUGAGCUUCGGGGGGAACCCGUUGCAUUGCAACUGUGAGCUCCUGUGGCUGAGGCGCCUGUCGAGGGAAGACGACCUGGAGACCUGUGCUUCUCCCACGCUCUUGUCCGGCCGGUACUUCUGGUCGAUCCCUGAGGAGGAGUUCCUGUGUGAGCCCCCGCUCAUCACCCGGCACACCCAUGAGCUGCGGGUGCUGGAGGGCCAGCGGGCAGCACUGCGCUGUAAGGCCCGGGGGGACCCCGAACCAGCAAUUCAUUGGAUUUCACCCGAGGGCAAACUGAUUUCAAACGCAACGAGGUCCACGGUGUACGACAACGGGACGCUCGACAUCCUUAUAACGACGGUGAAGGAUACGGGCUCCUUCACCUGCAUUGCUUCCAAUCCGGCUGGGGAGGCCACGCAGACG